CUUUCCUUGCCUAAGAAAUGCAAAAUUUGUCCAUGGCAGAAUAGAAUAGAGCAGUUUCCCCCUCCCCCUACACACAUCUUGCCCCCCCCCCCCUUCUUCCCACCUAUCGCCUUCAUGCUGUGGGAAUCGAUACAGCCCAGAGGUUAAUUUCCCUCUAUUUGGUCACUUCUGAGUUCCAGACAGCAGCAGGAGGAGAAGAGAAAUGACACCCAUGAACUGCUCUCUUCAUAACAGCUUGGUUGAGAUCUCUAUAGCCACCUUGCUGAUUCUGGAAUUUGCACUCGGACUACUGGGCAAUGCUAUCGCCCUGUGGUCUUUUACUUUUAACUUAAAGGUGUGGAAACCACAUGCGGUCUACUUGCUCAACCUGGUCAUCGCGGACCUUUUGUUAUCUGUGUGCCUGCCAUUCCAAAUCACUUUCUAUCUCAUGCACAAGAAAUGGGACCUGGGACGGACGGCUUGCUGCAUCCUGACCUUCCUGCUGUCCCUCAGCAGGACAAGUAGCAUUGCUUUCCUCACUGCGGUGGCUUUGGAUCGCUACCUCAGGGUAGCCCACCCUCGUUUCAAGAUCAACAGUUUCUCGACUCACGCGGCCAAGGUCAUCUCUGCUUUAGUCUGGCUUCUGGUGGUGGGACUGGUUCACCCAAGCCUGGUGGCUUCCAUGAUUGAGAAGAAUGCCACGGAGUGCCACAGUUUCUACCCCAUGGAAGACGUGACUUUUGGCAGUACUUGGCAGGAGGUGAUGUUCUAUCUUCAAUUCCUUCUUCCCUUCAGUCUCAUCCUGUUCUGCAACAUUGGCAUCAUUAAGAUACUCCAGCAGAGGCUCCGGGAUCAAGACAAACAGCCCAAGCUUCAGAAGUCUAUGGUGUUAGUCACCAUAGUGGUGGUGCUCUUUGGGAUUUGCUUUCUGCCCAGCUUUCUGGCCAGGAUAUUCAUGACCACCCUCCAAAGGUCAAAAAGCUGCCGGACUCUUCAGGUGAUGGUUCAUACAUGUGAUGUCACCAACAGCUUCACCUAUCUCAACAGUGUCCUCAACCCCAGUGGUAUACUGUUUUUCAAAUCCAGUGUUCAGAUAUUCAUACAGGAAAGUCUUUACUACAAUAAGGGGGGAAAGGAAGGAAUUACAGCCUCAAGGUUUUGAUCUCAAAGAUUCCUGUUAUAGUGAAUAAUAGAGCACUGGACCUCAAGUCAGGAGGACUUGGGUUUGAAUUCUACCUCACAUAUUGACUGAGUGACUUCUGUGCCUCAGUUUCCUCAUUUAUUAAAAUGGGAUAAGAGCUCCACCUCCCAGACUGAUUGUGAAGGUAUGAGGUACUUCAAGCCUUUUGUGAACUUUAAAGCUUUACAUAAAUGUGAGCUAUGAUUAUUAAUGAAGAUAAUUGGAGGUCUCUGCACAAAUCAGAACAAAGACCUACACCUGGCCCUGUCCAUGUGAAGACAGAGAACACCUAUUGAAUGUGAGCAGCAUUUUUCUUUCUCUACUUCAAUUUUUACCAGAUUUUAACCCCUGCUGUUUUACAAUCUACUGGAAAGUAAUCAGAAUCAACAAAAUAAACCUUCCUGUUAAGAAAACUGUAGUUAAGUUGCAACAAAGUGGUUUGUUCGAUCUGGCAAACCUAAAAGCAGAAGCUCUUGAUUCCUGAGAAAAUAAUGGGUUUUCUAUUUGAUCACAAGCAAGUAAUUUUAAUUUUCAAUUUCCCUAUCUCUAAAAUGAAAAACAAUGCAGAGGGGAGAACCCUAUUGCUUUAUCCACAUAGAGGGGACAUAGUAAGAAGUAACAAGGUAAAAACCUAUAUGGUUUUUGAAAGGAGGUUCUAAGAAUAUUUUCAAAAUUCAGCUUUAUCUAAUCUUUGGAUGAUUAAAAAUUUUAAAAAAUGUUAUAACCACUUUGCACUACCUAUAGGAAUCAUAUUCUUAUGGAACUAAAUCCAAUUUGGCUUCCUAAUGUCUUAUGAGAAACUCUUCCUUUUCAAGUACCAGAAAUGUACCCUCAGGAUAGAAAAUUAGGCUUGUUUUAAUGCCUAUGAAUUUUAUUGGGCUUCCCCUGGUCUAAUAAGAAGAAGGAAAAUACUUUAGAACUGUUGUGAGGUAUCAACAAAGAAUGAGCUAAAUUAAAUAUGAACUAAAUUACUGAAAAUGAAUGACUAAGAAGAAUGAACUAAAUUACACAAAGAAUGAACUGAACAACUUUUUAAAUGGUUAUUUCUAUCUUUUUUCACACAACAGUUAUGAGGAUAAUUGGGCAUGCCAGAUAUUCCAACAGGGUCUCUACAUAUGUUUAAAGCUGAUUGUGUCUUUUACAUUGUUAUUUCUCCUAUAAUUGCCAUAUCAGAGAUAGCUCUAAUAUGUUCUGAUCUCAUUUCCCAACACCUACCCCAACCCUGUAGCUGAUAAUAACUUUAAAGGGAUUCAGAAACCCCUUUACUAAUUGUCUCUUACCUUACACUCCGGUCCAAAUUACAGGAAUGGUCAGAACCAGAACGAUGUUAAACAAAAGUUUGAGGGAGGGAGGCAUGUAGCUUUCAAAUCCAUCAAAGAGGAUUUUUACUUCAAAAGCCCUUCCUGGGUCAGAUCUAUGUGUUGCAUAUACUGUGCUGCCCUGAGCAGAUGGCAGGAUUCAAAAGAGAGGAAAUAUGUGAAAUUUUAUGAACAGAACACCACAACAUGAUCCCUAGCUGCAUACUCAGAAAAGCAGUCUUCUCAAAACCCAAUUUGGAAAUCAGCUAUGUUCUUCAUCUUUUGCUGCUGAGAUAUGUCAAAUGCUACUUCUGUAUCUAACAGUGCCCAGGAGAAAGUACCAUCUGGCUAAACCAUAUAUAUCCUUUGUUCCAACCAUAUUACUCCUAUAAAAGGACCUACAUGCAAAAAGAAAAAUUUAGAGCAACUCUUUUCAGAGUACCAAAAAUGGAAACAAAGGGAAUGUUCACCUCUUGGGCAAUGAAUGAAUAAAUGAUGGCAUGUGUAUAUAAUGUAGGAGUAUUGCGUAAUAAGAAACAACAUGAAUGUUUUCAAAGAAAUUGGAAAAACUUGUAAAAACUGGUGCAAAGUGAAUUCAGUAGAAAUGGAGAACAAUUUAUACAGUAAUAGUAACAUUACCAAGAAAAACAACUUUGAAAAACUUCAGAACUCUUAGUAAUGCAAUGACAAACCAUAAUUCCAGAAGAAUUAAGAUGAAACAUGCUACCUACCUCCUGACAGAGAGUCUAACUCUGUCCUCCUGAAUCACUGAGCAGCUACAACUUCUGAUUCCCAUGGUGGGGCAGAAGAGUGUGAAGGAAGGCAGGCAGGUUUUCAUGGUGUCUGGGAGUUCUGGCAAAUUAAGGUAGACUGGGAUGCAGAAGACAAGGAAAGAGAGACAGAACCGAAGAACCUGCCAGAGCUUACUUUCUGCUGGUAUACAUAUCAAGAACCCAGGGUAACAGCCACACCACCAUAAGACAUCGGAAUAGGACUUCAUUGGAGAGAUGGCUAAUUGUUAGAGAUGGUGUGAAGAAAAUGUCCUCUUGUGGCCUGGAGUGUGGAGCAGAGAAAAGAAGGCAGGAAAUAUUUGGAAAAGAAGAAGAUGUAAGAACAAAAUAUAUUUUUAA